AUGGAUCAUUUCCCAAAACGAGUGAUCGAAUUUGAGAAGGCGCGAUCUCGCCUAAUCGAAUUGCUGGAGAAGGAAAGAUGCAUUCGGGUUAGGACAAGUGAGCAAUUUAAAAUGCUAGGGAAGAAAGAUGUUGCCUCGGCGAACAUUUGUGAAAUAAUGGCUGGUGAAGGAUUCACUAUACCUCGUGAGUUUCGUGUACUGAUCUUUAUUGACUGGGCAAUCCCAUGA